AUGUAAUAAGCUUAUGCUAUCGUUAAGGAUGAUUUUGAGUAGAUUUAAGCAAUUCAAUAAAAAUGGAAGAAUCAGGAAAUUAAAAAAGUAUACAAAGAAGAUUUCAAAAGAUUAAAAUUAACUUUCAAUGAGGAGUAAAACUAGGAUUUCCAACUUCCUGAUGUUUUUAUAACUACAAAGCAAUAUCAUUCAAAACCAGCAAGUAUAUCAAUACUUAUAAUGAGAGAGUCCAAAAACAAGAAAAAAAUAGUCAUUCAGUUUAGAUUACGUACUUCAAUCAAUAAAAAUGUCAAAAAACUAACGAAACCUUGAAUUGUCAACUUUGGAAUCCAAUUACAAAAAGUUCAAGUAUUUAAUAAUUUGAUUAAUAGAAAAUAUUGUUGUUCUAUAAAAUAAUCUCCAAAAGAGGAGAUCUAGAGUUAAUGCAUAUCAAUAUCAAGAGAUUACAACUUUUAAAAGAUUGAUGGUAUUAAAUUUCCUGAAAGUCUCUAUACAAUUCAUAAAAAAAGGAGAGACAAAUUGGAUGACAUCUUUAAAAAUUAAACUUGCGACAAUUCGAUUUAUAAAAUCAAAUAAUUUGAAGAGGAAAACUUAAAAUAAUGUAUGAUUUCAGUAUGAUUCUAGAAAUAUACAAAUAAAAAAAGAACAAACAAAAGGAAUAUACAAGCAGAUCCUAUUUAGAUAAUGCUUAUUUCUCAAUUUUAUCAGUAAAUAGAGAAUGUCGAUAACGAGUAAAAAACGCGAUUCAAUAUUCGUUACCUCAGGAAUCGAGAUUUUAAUAAUUCUGA